UUUUAUCUUUUUAUCUUUUUUCUUUUUUUUCUUCUUUCUUCUCUCUUCUUUCGGGUUUCGAAGGUUGGGGAAAAGCUUUCGCAGAAGAAAAUAAAAAGCUAGAGAGAGAAUGUCAAAGUUUUUUUGAUGCUCUGUUUGGAAAUUAGGGUUUCUUCUUGUUUGAUUUCGUCCCCUUUGAGAACUGAAUCUCCCGCCUAUAUCGACGGCGUCUAAUUCCUAUCCUCUCUCGUUGCUCCAAAACCCUAACUUUACUACCGUCCGUCAUUAUUUCCACUUUCUCGGCUCGAUUUGUUGUUGGUGGUGGGAAUUUCAGUGAUGGGCGCCCCGGAAAAGUCGCAAUCUAAUACCAAUUCGAUGCAGAGAGUGAAAGUCUAUCAUUUGAAUGAAGAUGGUAAAUGGGAUGAUCGAGGAACUGGGCACGUAAGCAUCGACUUUGUGGAGCGAUCUGAAGAACUCAGUCUAUGCGUAAUUGAUGAAGAAGAUAACGAGACCUUACUUGUUCAUCCCAUCAACCCUGAGGACAUUUAUAGGAAACAAGAAGACACAAUAAUCUCAUGGAGAGACCCAGAGCGCUCAACAGAAUUGGCUUUAAGCUUUCAAGAGACUGCGGGGUGCUCUUAUGUAUGGGAUCAAAUCUGCACCAUGCAACGAAAUUUGCAUUUCAGCUCUCUUAACAGCGAAACAUUUCACAGCUUGAAUAGUGAGUUGAGGGAGCUUCCUGCUGUAGAGCUUACUACUCUUCCCCUAAUACUAAAGAUUGUUACAGAGAGUGGCAUUACAGAUCAGAUGCGGCUAACCGAACUUAUUUUGAAGGAUCAUGAUUUCUUCCGGAAUCUGAUGGGUGUAUUUAAAAUAUGCGAGGACUUGGAAAAUGUUGAUGGCCUUCAUAUGAUAUUCAACAUUGUCAAGGGAAUCAUUUUGCUUAACAGUUCUCAGAUCUUGGAGAAAAUAUUUGGAGAUGAAUUGAUUAUGGAGAUUAUCGGAUGCCUUGAAUAUGAUCCCGGUGUUCCUCACUCUCAGCAUCACCGGAAUUUUCUGAAGGAGCAUGUUGUUUUUAAGGAGGCUAUACCAAUUAAAGAUCCCUUAGUCCUGUCGAAGAUACACCAGACGUACAGAAUUGGUUACUUGAAGGAUGUUGUUUUGGCUAGAGUACUAGAUGAUGCUAUAGUUGCAAACUUGAAUUCAGUAAUCCAUGCGAACAAUGCCAUUGUAGUUUCAUUGCUGAAGGACGAUAGCACUUUUAUUCAAGAGUUAUUUGCAAGGUUGAGGUCGCCUUCUACAUCUGUGGAAUCCAAGAAAAAUUUGGUAUAUUUCUUGCACGAAUUUUGUAGUUUAAGCAAGAGCCUCCAGGUGGUGCAGCAGUUGCGACUUUUUAGGGACCUUAUCAAUGAAGGCAUUUUUCAUGUCAUAGAAGAAGUCUUGCAGAUUCCAGACAAAAAACUCGUAUUGACUGGGACAGAUAUCCUGAUUCUUUUCUUGACUCAAGACCCCAACCUUUUACGUUCUUAUGUUGUUCGGACAGAAGGAAACCCCCUCCUCGGUCUCCUGGUCAAGGGAAUGAUGGAAGACUUUGGUGAUAAGAUGCAUUGCCAAUUUCUAGAAAUUAUCCGAACCUUACUUGAUGCAAAUGCAUUGUCUGGUGGGGCUCAGAGAGCGAAUAUCAUGGAUAUCUUCUACGAGAAGCAUCUACCUGAGUUAGUGGAUGUUAUUACUGCCUCAUGUCCUGAGAAGUCGGGCAACACAUCUGAAGGUGCUGCCAGAAGGAUUUUCACAAAGCCUGAAGUCCUGUUGAACAUAUGUGAAUUGUUGUGCUUUUGCAUUAUGCAAGAUGCAUCCAGAACAAAAUGCAGUUUUCUCCAAAACAAUGUGACUGAAAAGGUUUUGCAUCUCACACGGAGAAAGGAAAAAUACCUAGUGGUCGCUGCUAUACGAUUUGUCCGUACUCUCCUCUCUGUCCAUGAUGAUUAUGUCCAGAAUUACAUUGUUAAAAACAACAUGCUGAAACCGAUCAUAGAUGUCUUCAUUGCCAAUGGAAACCGGUACAAUCUGCUGAACUCUGCAGUCUUGGAUCUGCUUGAGCACAUACGCAAGGGAAAUGCAACUCUGUUGCUCAAAUACAUAGUUGAUACGUUCUGGGACCAGUUGGCCCCAUUUCAGUGCUUGACUUCCAUCCAGGCUUUCAAGGUUAAGUAUGAACAGGUACUGUUUCUGGGUCUUGAAUUAAACUUCGGAAAAUUUUGUCUGUAUCUUUGUGUAACAAUUUGUCCUCAGUGUUUAGAAAGUGCCGGACCAAAAAGCACUGCUGAUGCGGUUGAUCCAAGAAGAAGAAUUGACGAGCGUGCAUUGGAGAAAGAGGAGGAAGAUUAUUUCAAUGAAGACAGCGAUGAAGAAGAUUCAGCCUCUGCUUCUAAUACACAAAAGGAAAAACCUGCUUCUAAUAUACAGAAAGAACAACCUAAGCCUCAUCUUUCCAAUGGAGUGGCUGCAAGCCCUACUUCUUCAAGUCCGAGGUCUGGAGGCUUGGUUGAUUAUGAGGACGAUGAAGAUGAUGAAGACUAUAAACCUCCUCCCCGGAAACAGCCAGAAGCCUCUGAGGAUGAGGAGGGCGAGCUCCUUAGACUGAAACGCAAAUCCCCUUGCGUAGAAAGAGAACAAGAGCCGUCCAAGAAACCACGGCUGGGGAAAAGUUCGAAAAGGGAAAAUGUAUUUGCUGUGCUAUGUUCGACACUGAGCCAUGCAGUGCUUACGGGUAAGAAAAGUCCAGGCACCGCAGGAUCUGCAGCCCGGUCAAUAGUGGCCAAGGGAGCGGAGGACUCAAGAAGUAGUGAAGAGACUAAUAGCAGCAGUUCAGAUGAUGAAAAUCAUAAGGAUGGAGUAUCGAGUUCUGAACAUGAAACAUCAGACAAUGGAAAGCUAAAUGGGGAAGAAUCUCUGGUAGUAGCUCCAAAAUCAUCACCUGAAAUGGCUGUAAAUGGAUCCUGAGAUUUUAACACUCUGGACUCUUUAGUUGUGGCUGGGGAUGGAAGGCACUCUCAUGGGUGCAAAUAAAACCUUCAGAGUGCAGACUGAGACAUGAGAAACCGCAAAAGAAAGCUUUGGGCAACCAACGGAGGAAGAAAUGUAUAGUGAGCGCCAUUUGAGAGGAGGUAACGGGUUCUUCGUCCGUAGUGUUUGCAGCCGUUUUUUAUUUUAUAAUAUUCAUCGUUGAAAAAACUUAGCAGUCUCUCUGGUCUGGUCAAUUGCAUAUUGUAAGACAUGGUCUAUCAGCAACUAACUCUUCUUAAUUCAAGUUCCUAAUGGUUUCCUUGUUUAAAUCUCUUUUGUUUUUCUGGAAAUGCGUCUCUCUUCGCUGUGUGUUAGGUGGUACAGCAGCCAAAGUGUGUUAUAUUUUUCUUGUUGUGUAACAGUUAGAUGUUACACAUGAGAUAUAAGAUUUUUGAUAUUUUUGUA